AUGUAUGUAUAUAUACAAACUGUGAACCCAAUCUGUGAUGUAAUCUAUUUGUAGUUGUAUGUGGAUCAUUUAUUGGUUAUUUCUUGGUUAUAUUACAAUAUCAUUUGUUCGUGUUUUAAUAUAUAUAUAUAUAUAUAUAUAUGUAUGUAUAUAUACAAAUCAGUAGUUGGUAUCGAUGGCAAAGAAGGGGGCAUCUUCGUCAAAUCCUGUAGCUACAUGGAAUGCGCACAAUAUAUCAAUAUUUUGUGAUGUUUGCAUCAAGGAGGUUGAGGCCGGACAUCGUCCGGGCACUCACUUUGACAAAGAAGGAUAUGCAAAUAUUAGAGCUAACUUCAAGGCAGAGACAGGGCAUGAUUAUGAAAAAAAGCAACUAAAAAAUAAGUGGGAUGCACUUAAAAAUGAGUGGAAGUUGUGGAAAGAGCUAGUUGGUAAAGAAACUGGCCUAGGGUGGAAUUCAAGCAAGGGUACCGUUGAUGCCUCUGAGGAGUGGUGGAACAAUAAAAUUCAGAUAAACAAAGAAUAUGAAAAAUUGCGAAAAAAGGCAUUAGUCCUGAGAUGGAGGACAAGUUAAAUAGGAUGUUCUUGAGUACAAUUGCUACCGGUGAACAUGCCUGGGCACCUUCAUCUGGAGUACUACCACCAGAGUCAAGAGAGGAAUCUGUAGGACAAAUUGAUUCAUAUGAUGAGGAAGAAACUGAGACUAUGCAGGAUCUAAGGCAAGCAAGUAGGAAGGGAAAAAAAAGAGCAGCUAACCAAGGAGAAUUGCAAAAGAAAAAGGUUGAUAAGAAAGGGAAAAAA